GUCAAGGCAACGGGCGCGAGCGUGCGGCUCAGGCUUGCCAGCCUUUUAAAUGUUGGCUUGAAACGGCCGUUUGUUCAGCUCGAGCGGAGAGCGGCUCUUUAAAUUAACACGGGCAGCGGCGGUGGAGUCCGGAAAUGUCAGUGUACCAGAAUCAAGUAAAAUUUCAUGGAUUUGUACCAUGAUUGAUUCCCUAAUCGAGGAGUUACUAAGGAAAUUGAUGAAGUUGCUUUGGAUGGAUGUUAACCUUCAACUUUGCUGCCCUAUGACAAUAUUGCAGCUGUACCAAACUGAACAAUUCAUAUGCGCUUGAUAUAACAAUGUUAUCUGCUAAUGUGAUCACGACCCACAGAUCAGACUGGGUCUCCUUUAAUGAUGAUGCACAAUGCACAGUGUAUGCAAGUGAAGCAGGUUCAAGAGUGCUUCCUACUUCAGAAGUCAGCUGGACAACCCAUUCUGAAGAACUCAAUAAUCUGAGUUUGGCUUUGUCUAAAACAAAUUUGCAUUCUACUGAUACAGACGAUCUGCACAUUAGCAGAAUUUCCAGACUCGAGACUCCAGAAACAGGCUCUUACUAUUGUCACCAUGGAACAAGAAUGGAAACAGUGAAUAGAAAUCCCAAUAACAUGCAGCUGAAUGGGUGCAAGAUGUCAACAGCACGCUUUUCAAGCUGGGUGACAUUUGAUGAUGAUCCAGAUCUUAUUUCACCAGUACAAACAUCUCCUCUAAAACCAGGAAUUUCUCACAACGGUACAACUCAAGAAAACAACAAGAUUCUCCAGGGACCUCAAACAGGCUUUGAAAAAACAGCAUCAAAGAAUAAUUUGGUGGAUUUUUCUGCUGAAGAAAAGAAUGAUGCACUUGCACUAAUCAGUCCAACCAUAAACCCAUUUUCGCCAGUUCGCACCACUAACCCUUUUUUGGAUGAAUCUCUACGUGAUGUCCAGCCAUCACCAAUCAAUCCAUUUCAAGCAUUCUUUGACCAAAAUGAAAAGUCAGCCUUGGUGAACUCAUUAGCAGACACAUCUCAGAUCUUUCAACAGCAAAAUGUACCGGACUCUCCAUUUUCUGAUUUACAUCCCAAAUGCCAAAAGGAUUCUGUUCCUACAUCAGGUCAUCCUCCAGAUCCUAUUUCCCCAUAUUUUGGAAAUCUAAAUGCUCAAAGGAGUUUAGUUAUGUUCAAGAAUUCUCCAGAUUUGGCCUCUCCACUUCCAACUGUAAGUGCUAAUGAUCAGGAGGAUUCCGUUUUCAUUAAUUCUUCGAAUUUGAUGUCCUCAUUUUCUGAUGUAAAAAUCCGAAAUCAAAGGGAUUCUAUUAUUUUCAGUGAUGAAGAAGAUCUGAUUCCCCCAUUUCCUGAUGGAAAAUCUAAUAAUCAGAUGAAUUGUUCUAUAAUCAUGAAUUCUGAAGAUAUGAUCUCACAACUUCCUUCUGCAAUUGUAAAUGAUGGAAACAUCAAUAGUCAAAGGGAUUCUAUUAUGGCAUUUGACCACUGUCCAGACUCUCCCUUUUCCAGUUCUCACAUUAAUGGUCAAAGAGAUUCUAUUAUGUUUAGUAAUGCUUUAAAUGCCACAUUUACAGAUGACCCAAUAAACUACAGCUCUCAUCUUGAUGCUCUAACUCGGCUUAAACAAAUUCACAUUGAGGAUCCAGAUCAGCUUGAUAGUCCUACCUUACCUGAUGACCCUUUGCACUCUCCAGAGGCAGAAAGCAAUACAUUUAACUUUAACUACCUGCAGCCUAAGGAUGGUUGGCCAAUGAUGCUGAGAAUACCUGAGAAAAAGAACAUCAUGUCAUCAAGACACUGGGGCCCUAUAUAUGUCAAAAUGCUAGAUAAUGCAUGUUUACAGCUCUUUUAUGAAAAGGGUCUUGAGAAGCCUUUUCGGGAGGUUCAACUUCUGCCCUGCCAUGAGCUGUCUGAACUGAAACUUCAGAACUUUGAUGAAAAUGGGAAAAUACACACUAUAAGUAUAGAUAAAGUAUUAUACAAGGAAAAACGGAAAUAUCAUCCGAUGCUAACAGUAGUACAGACACCAGUCCGGGUGCAAGUGAUGAAAUUGGGCACCACAAUUUAUGAAGAUUAUGUAAGUUUUAUGACUACAGUUCAGGAUACACUAAUGAAAUUACCGAGUGGCAGAGAUAUUUGUGCCAAUUACUUUGAAGAAGAGAUAACUGUGGAAGUACAGGAUGAAUUUAAAGGUAUUGUGGCUAAAGCCGACAACAGACUCAUCCAGCAUUCUGUGGUCACUCAUGUCAAUGUUCUGGCAUUUGUGUCUGGAAUGCCAGAAUGUAGGCUAGGCUUCAAUGAUGUUCAAAUGAAGGGACGUGAAGUUGUGUCACGGCAUGACAUUAUUCCCACAACCACAACUAAAUGGAUUAAAAUGAAUGACUACCAGUUCCAUACAUGUGUGGCUGUUGAUGAAUUCAAAAAUUCCAGAUUAAUUAAGUUUUUACCAUUAGAUGGUCAUAGGUUUGAAUUAAUGCGUUUCAGGACUACCUUUGGUGAAAAGACACUUCCUUUCUCCCUUAAAACCUUAGCGACUGUUAAGGGUGCUGAAGUGGAGCUUCAGUCUUGGUUGGUGAUGUCAUCUGGGUUUGUGUCUAAUCGGGAUCAUUUUGCAGCAAUGCCUUGUGAAAAUGUGAUGAUUCGGUAUCCAGUCCCAACAGAUUGGGUUAAGAACUUUCGACGAGAAGGUGUCUUGCGAGAAAAGUCCCUGAAGGCCAGAGUUAAUAGGAGUGCCAGCUUUGGUAGUGCUAGCAUGUCUGGCUCAGAGCCUGUCAUGAGAGUAACAUUGGGAAGUGCCAAGUAUGAACAUGCCUUUAAGGCUAUUGUAUGGCGAAUCAACAGACUCCCGGACAAAAAUUCAGCUUCAGGCCAUCCACAUUCUUUUUACUGCCACCUUGAACUGGGAUCUGACCGGGAGGUGCCUGUUAGUUUUGCCCACUAUGUGGAUGUGGAAUUCGACAUGCCCAGUACUUCAGCAUCCAAAGCAGCAGUUAGAUCAAUUGGAGUGGCCAAUAAGAGUGAUGUGAGAAAAUGGGUUGUUUACAAAGCUCACUACAGUUAUCAGGUGGAAAUGGAACAGAAAAAGAUUCAGGCUGCAAAUGUGGAUGGUAUGGAAACUGAUCAUCCAAAUGAGUGCGUUCAGCAAUGAAAUCCUCUAAAUUCAGAAGCAAGAUAAUCGACUUAGUACUUUUACCAUGGAAAUUCAACCCGUCUAUGUAUCAAAUAGCACAAUGCUGCUAUUAUACAAGUUUCAAGCACCGAAGAGAACAAAAGAGAAUUUUGAAUUCAGUGUUUUAUGAAUUUGAUUGGGCCAAGAUACUGUGACAGGAGCAGUUAAGAACCUAGAUGACAGAACAAGUGUGGAUUCAAUUCCUCUACAGAUUUUACGGUCAUUCUCACUAAAUAACGCAUAACUGAUAUUAUUUUUAAUCUUGUGCAUACUCAGAAACUUAAGCAGAGUUGGGAAAUGUGGGUAAUACAAGUCAUAUUUUAGGGUAAAUAUUGAUCUUUUAUUUUGUUGUUUUCCCAUUUCUUUGGGGGUAGAAGAGAAGAAUCAUCUCACAUUUGCAUUCAGGAGCCCUCUUUGCUCUUGCCUUCCUGCUCAGUGUGUAUCUGAGAUUGAGGUUUGUUAAUGGACACUUUUUUUCAAAUGGGUCUGAAAUGAAAAUCUUUAAAUUUAAAGAUGCACUGGUUCAUUCCUUUGAUCUGCUGAGAGAUGAUAGUUUUCAAACUCCAUGAUUGUCUAUUUUUAAAAAAUGAAUAGCCUUUGGAACAAUGAGGUCCUGUACUUGAAAAUUAAAUGUUUUGCACAGCUGCAAACAAUUAUUUUAUUGCUAAUAUUCUAUUUCAAUUCAACACUGAUAUCUUAGUUAGAUAGACAUUCUGACUGUCAUACUGACUAGGAGUACUGGUUCAAGCCCCAGCCUGAGGUGAAUUUGCUGAUCUCAUUUCUGGCAUCAAUGCUGUAAUUAGCCUCAGCAUCUUUGGCACAGCAAAGAAAAGAAUCAGCUCAAAUUUGCGUCAUUUGUGUAAUUCCGUAUGAACCACUCGGUAUCCUAACUCAUGAAUUAUGUAAGUCUAGAAGGUUGCCAGUUUCUGUGGAAAACAUAAUCAAUCAAUAAUAUCAACAGGAAACAAUUACAUAGGGACUUUGUCGAUUGUUGCUAAAUCUCCAUAACUUCCGCAAUUAUGAUAUCUUUGGACAAAAAUUGAAUCUUUAUCAUUCUAUUAAAUUUUAAAAAUCAAAUUAUAAUACAUAGCUCAGCACUAGGAUGUGAGAUAAACAUUUAUAUGAUAGAGCAAAACGGAAAAAACAGAAAGGGGAGAUAAUUAUGGAUCUAAACUGUAAAUUAGUAUGCCUAGACUGGAAGGUGAAUUGUACAAGAAUGCAAAGGUGAAGGUAGUACAAAGGCAAGAAGGAGGAAAAUGCAACAGAAGUUUGUAUCUAGUAUCUCUGUAUUGGGUACAGACUCCUUAGAUUAGACAUUGCUGCAAGUGUCACAGCAGGCAUCAUCAGAUAGCUUGACUAAAAUAAUGUUGCUGAACAAGUAUUAGUAAUGUUAACAAAAUAAUAAUAUUGCAAGACUUUUCUACUGAAUUGCACAAAGAAUUGGAGGAAGGAUAUUAAAUCUUUUAGCUUGUGCAAGGGAGAUUUAUUAGAAAAAUAUCAGGAAGUUGAAACUUCAAUUAUGUGGAGAGGCUAGAAAAACGUGUAUUGUUCCUUUGAGCAGAGAAGGUUAAUAGGAGGUUGAAGAGAGGUUUGAUUUUGGUAGAUAAUGUUUCCACUGGCAGCAGACCAGAUGACCAGAGGAUGCAGAUUUAUGAAAAUUAGCCAAAGAACCAGAGAAAAUGUCUUGUCUUUCCACAGAGAAUUAUGAUCUGGAAUAGGUUGUGGAAUCCGAUGCGCUCUAACUUUCAAUUAGAUAUAUUUGAAAAAAAGAAAUGUGUUUGGAUGUGGGAUUUGGUUACUGGGAUUGAUUGGAUAGAUCAUAAAAUCAGCAUAACUAGGCUAUUCAUCCCAUUGAAGCUGCUGCGCCAUUUAAUGAAAUAAUGGCUGAUCUGAUGAUCCUCGGCUUCACUUCUUCCCUUUCUUCAGUACCCUUGAUUCCCUUAAAUGAUCAAAAAUGUGUCUAUUAUAUAGAUAAAGAUAACUCUCACAAUACAUCAACACAGAUAUCUGAGCCAAGUGGCUUCUGAGUCCUGUGUUACCUUUGUAACAAUAGGGCAUAAUUGACAGGAUGUUAAGUAUGCGAGACCUAAAGGAAACUUUUGACAUAUCAUAGUUUGUUUAUACUUUUUUCAUGAUUAUAGUUUGUAUAUUCUGAAAACUGGAAGGAUAUUGAGAUACCAAGGGCAUGCAUUUAUUCAAGAAGAAAUACUGGGAUUAGUAUGAGUGCAAAGCCAGAAUGUUUAAAACUAAAUCUUUUUUUUUGAGUCUUGAAACAAAAUGUAUUAUAUGCACAGGCAUCAGAAAUAAAUAUGUGCACUUAUAUAGCAUUUUAUCCUUUUGCAAAUAUUUUUAUUUUUAAGUACAGUGUUGCUGAGUGAGACCAAACUGGUUGUGUGCAUUAUUUAGUGGAAGUGAUUCGCAACUCAACAGUUUCAUUGUCAAAACAUAAUGAGCUGCAGAC